UCUUUUUGUUUCGUUCGUUGGUUCAUGGAACAUUCCAUAGGUUUCGUGUCGUAGAGCUCCACAAGCUAUGGCGGCUAAGAGCAAGUGCGCUUUCGAUUCAUCUCCAGGCCUCGGAAUCGUGGUUUUUGGCGUCUCUGGAUCAGGCAAAACGACGAUUGGAAGGCUGAUUGCCGAGAAACUUGGUUGUGAGUUCCUCGAUGCGGACGACUAUCACUCUCGAAACAGUAUAGAAAAGAUGAGAAGCGGGAUCCCUCUAUCCGACUCCGAUCGUCUUCCGUGGCUGGAGAAGCUCAGGGAUCUCCUCGCAGCCUACUCGGUGGAGGAAAAACCAGUGGUUUUGGCGUGCUCGGCGUUGAAAACUUCAUACCGUGACAUCCUCCGCGGAGCCAGUGACGAAAGAGAGAGGAAGAAGAGGAAGAAAAGCCGGGUGGUGUUCGUCUAUCUCAGAGUGUCGGACUUGAUCACCGCGAGAGUGGAGUCUCGAUUCAAAGCCGGUGGUCACUACAUGCCACCCUCGCUUCUAAAGUCGCAGCUAGCGCUUUUGGAAGUGGGAGACCAGCAAGAACACGACGUUGUCACGGUGGACACAAGCAGUGAAGCUCGAGUCGUGGCGGGUGAUGCGCUAAACAAGCUCAGAUCACUGCUCAAGACUCCGUGACGAGCGAAAAAAGAAAAAAAAAGAAGAAAAAAAAAGGACUUUUUGGCUGUGAAUCAAGUUGACUUGAGAUGGUGUCUUUGAGCUUCUCAAAAACGAAGUUUCGUACUUGUAUCA